AUGCCCAUCCAUUUGAACGAAAGAGCCGUUGCUGUUCCCUUCAGAUGCCGUUUGUUUGGUCGAUCCAGCGGCGUUUCCCAGCCUUACCCGACAGUCCCCCACGAACCCCUUCCCAGAUCCCAACCAACAAGACCUUCGAGAAUGCUCUCUCAGCCGCCAGGUGGAGGGGAGAAGAACUUCUUUUCGCCCAGUUGGUCCGGGGGCCCUGUGCCUGCAUCCGCAAAUACCGCUUUUCCCUUGACUCCCUUAACCCGCGAACCAGCUUUUCAUGUUGAAACCACAACCGGUACUCAGCGGCGUCAAGCACGUCAACCAAACCGUUCGAUCUCAGAACGAUCGAGUCCCAUGACAUCGUUUGCGGAGAAAUACGAGCGAACGGCUGAUCGGACAACCUUGAUUAUUCCGCGCAUGGAGCCAUCAGAGAACUGUCCUAGCCGGUGCAUGAUUAAAAGCCCCGAAUAUACCCUGAACGCCACCGAUUCCGGAAUCUUAGCACGCCAUCCCCCGAAGCUUCAUUGUUGA